AUGCGAGCGAGGACGCGCGAGGUAUGGAAGAGGCUGCUCGAGGCGGCGGCCGGGGAGCCUCAGUACACGUACCGGCCUAUCGCCGACGCCCUCAAGGCUCCCGUCGUCCGGGUCUGCCUCUUCCCCGUCGUCGCUCAGAUCGGCGCCGCCAGACGCAGCAGUGGCUCGGAAUUCACGGUUAUGUUGAGGAUUGUGGAUGAAUCACGCAAGGCUGGAAUAUCUGCAACAUUUUUUGCUGACAACACUGCCCUAUUGCCCUGUGUCAAGUCAAGUGGAGAUGUGAUCAGUCUCCACGACGUUGUGGUAAAGCGUCAUCAUGAGGAGUUCUUUGUUACAUUUGACAAAAAGGUUUCUUCAUUCGUGUUGUUUGAAAGCAAAGUAUCUGCUGAGUGCAGAUCAUAUCAGACUUCUGUGAAAUAUCAUGGCAGCAAACAUGACAAAGGACGUUUAACCCAGAUGAGAAUGUGGCUUCCUCUAGGUCUGAAAGAUUUCGGUCUGAAAGAUCUCGAAUUGCAGUUAAGGAAUUUAAAGUCUGAUUCUACUUUUGAUCUAGUAUGCAAGGUUUUGCGUGUCCUUGAAGAUAACGGCAAAUGGAUAUUUUAUGUUUGGGAUGGAACUGAUACCUCUGCAGCUGAGCUUCAGACAAUGAUGUAUGACAGCCGCAACGCCAACAAAGUUCACCGCCAGCCGAUGGCAAGCUUCCCCUCUAAUGUUGCUGUUCUGUCAGAUGUAUAUGAGAAAGAAGGUUACUCAACGUUAAUGGAGUCUUUAACUCAUGAUGAGGUUGAAUUCUUCGGUGGUUUUAUGACAGAAGAAGUGGUCAUAAAAAAGAUGAACAAGCUACUGGGCGUCCCAGAACCAGAGGACAGCGAGGAAGUUGCCCCUUUGACCAGGAAUCCACCUUGGAUAUGUUUUCCGUUUCAGAAGGAGCUUGCGAUGGAUCUCUCUUCUGGUCGUAGUAUCUUGAUCCUCGCGAUUGUCACGCGCCCUCGGCCUGUAUCAUUCGUUUUUAGCAUAUAA